AUGUCCCGCCAAUCCGAACAAGCCCAAGCCUUCGCCUACGCCGUCUACGCCGCCGUCCAGGAGAUCCCCCGCGGCAAGGUAACCUCCUACGGCCACAUCGCCGCCCUAAUCGGCACCCGUACGUAUCUUCACCUCUCAAGAACCGGCCCCCCCCCCGAUGCUCUGGCGCUGACGCUUCCCCCGUGCCUUCUCCCCAAAGCCGAACGCCCACGUCAGGUCGGCACCGCCCUGCGUCAGUUGCAUGCUCGAUCAGAGAGGAUUCAAGAGCUGGAGGCUGGUGUUGCCGCGCAAAGAGGGAGAUGGAGACUAAGAUGA